GUGACAGCGAAAUGAGUCUCGCUAAAUUUCUUUUUUGUGUUGGAACUGUUGCAGGUUCGGGUUUUAUUUACGGCUUCCAUACUGGUUUCAUCAAUAUUCUCGCAGCGACUCUGAUGCGAUGGUACGACGAUGUUUCAGAUGAGCGGCUCGACACAAAACAAAUUACUGAACCUUUAGAUCUGGGUUUUAUUCACAUUUGGGUCACGAUUUCCUUUUUGAUUGGUGGUGUGAUUGGGGGAGCCCUUGUAUAUCCCUUUGCUACUUACCUAGGCCGCAAAGCAUCUCUAUUCUGCAGUAAUUUAAUAGUGAUAUUUGCGCUUAUCAUCGUGAGUUUUGUCAGUCCUUCAAGCGUUUACGAGCUGUUGAUUUUUGGAAGAAUUCUUCUGGGUAUUGCGGCUGGAAUUAACAGUGGAAUAGGACCAAUAUAUUUGGUCGAGAUUUCGCCUUCAUGCUUCCGAGGUUUUGUAGGAAGUUCUUAUUACUUGAUCGCGGCUUUAUCAACAUUCAUGGCUUAUGUAUUUACCUAUCCUACGAUUUUGGGGCAAAUCGACUCGUGGUCUUAUGUUUUUAUCGUGUCUGGCUUACCGACGAUAAUUCAGUCAAUAUUGCUUAUAUUUUGUCCUGAAAGCCCCAAAUAUCUUCUCUUCGAUAAAGAGGAUGAGGAUAGGGCCGAGGAUGCCGUAGCGCAGCUUCAGGGAGAAGAAGUGGAUGAAGAAAUGGAUGACUUGAGGGAAGAGGGGGCCCUUUUGGACGAAAUUGGACCAGUGCCAUUGGAACGAUUGUUCAAGGAUGAGACCUUUAGGAACCCUUUAAUCAUCUCGACUGUCGUUAAGUUAGGAGAACAAAUGACAGGGAUUAGCUGUUUGUUGUACUUUUCAUGUAUAAUUUUCGAAUACCUGGGUUUCGAUGAUUUCAAAGCCAACGCACUGUCUCUAGGUUUAUCUUUUGUGAAUUGGGCUUGUGCCCUAAUAUGCACAUUUACGGUGGAUAAAGUAGGCAGGAAGCCUCUAUUGAUGCUUAGUUACUUCGGUAUGGUGCUAACAGUGUUUUGUUUUACUCUCACGAUGAUUCUAGUGUCAAUUUCAGUUCGACCUAACGAAGCCAUUGACACAAUCUCCGUCAUUUUGAUUUAUUUCUAUGUGAUGUUUUUUGCAUUAGGGGCUGGUUCAAUUUCGUGGUUCUUUACCGCGGAAAUUUCGAACCAUUUCGCCCGUCCCAUGACGGUUUGUAUGACGGUAACCCUGUCCUGGAUGGUUCAACUUAUUUUAGUUGGGUCUUUUAUGCCUCUUUGGAAUGCGGUCCAUACUUAUACGUUUUUAUUUUACAUUCUGUUCGAUAUUGGGACACUUGUUUUUAUUAUUCUGACGUUCAGAGAAACCGCCAAGAUGAAUAGUGUCGAUAUCACAGAAAUGUUUUAUGACUAAAAUUUUUGCCGAUGUCACUUUUGAUAAUAAAAUUUAUAAGUAUCUUAA